AUGAGGCUGUAUAGAUCUAUUCUCAAAUUGAGAGACCCUUUUUUGAGAAGUUUAAAUACUAGGGCCCUCCCUCUCCUCUCUGACCCACUCAAUUUGUCAACAACGAAAAAGAUUAGAGAUACGCACAGUAAGUUCGAGAAACCCGAAAUUCUCUCGUUUGAUGUUUUCGGAACACUUUAUUCACCCAAGAGGUCUGUUGCUCACCUGUACCAUGAGAUUGCCUCUCAAGAGUUUGGAAUAAGCAAAUCGCUAGACUCAAUCGAACAAGAUUUUCCAACGGUUUUUAAUGAAUUGCAAAAUAGGUACCCUAACUAUGGAAAAUAUGAUGAGAACAUCAACAGCUGUGACGAAUGGUGGCUGGAAGUGAUUGUGAAAUUAUUUGAGAUACCACAUUAUCUGAAAGAUAAGAAGUCGGCUGACUUUUGUCAAAGAGUCCUUGAUCAUUUUGCUGAGGGUGAUGCAUAUGCCUUGUACGAUGAUGUGAUUCCAGUGUUGACAGAAUUAACACGAAAUGGAAUCAAGCUCAUCAUUUCUAGUAAUUCGGACCUUAGAAUGAGAAAGGUUGUUAAGAGUUUAGGACUUUCAGAGUUUUUUCUGCCGGAUGACAUCUACUUAUCUUACGAACUUGGUGUGUCGAAACCUGACAAAACGUUUUUCGAUACUGUCAUUGACCAUUGCGCCCUCAGUGGUUCUAUAAGGAAUGUUAGUCUGAAGCCAGAUCUCCUAGAAAAAUGCUGGCAUAUCGGAGAUAGCUAUUCAAAAGACUUUCUUGGUGCAAUCAAAGCGGGAUGGAAUGGUGUUUAUUUAGAUAGAGAAAGGGAAAGUGCACUCUUGUCACCGAACUCCCAAAAAGCAGGCCAAAACCAUAACUAUUCUGGGCAUAUGUCUCAAAAUUCCACUAAGGAUAUUCAAUUGGAUGACUUGGUGCUUUUAUCCAACAACAGGGCCGUUGCUGUAGAUCUUUUCCAGCUACUUACCAUGUUUGAUUUCGAUCCAAGUCAGCCCUCUAAGCCAGGAAACUACAAUGAUAUAUAG